CUCGGCUCAACGCACAUCGGAUCGAUCGAUUCAUUCGUUCUACAAGGCACACGGAAAUGGGAAAUCCUGAAAGGAAGUUGACAGCGCAUAGGAUGUGUGCGCCGGUAUCGCUCCGUGCUCUUGUCGUAGUGUUGUGGCUCGCUUCCUUCGCGGCCGGGGCUUUCCUUGACGAGAGCGGAGGAACCACCGCCAAGCCCGCACCUAACGAGUCACAGCCAACGCGGCAUUUGGAGAGCACUCGUCUUCGAGAGCAUCCCCACCGAGUGGGACGGAAACGCGUCCUCGAGGGAGAGGGCGAAGGGGAGGAGGGACAAGAGGGUCAAGAAGACAACGAUCAAGGUGAACAAAACGAAGACCAGAAUGGCGAGGAGGGACAAAACGACAACAACAACAACAACAAUAACAACAACAACAACAAUGGCGAAGAAGCGAACAACGAAGAAGAAAACAAUGCCGAAGGGGAGGAAGAAAACAACGGCGAGGAGGAAAAGGAGCAAGGCGACGACCAGGACGAGGGCGACGAAGAAGCCGGACCCGAGAUCGACUUUCUCAAGUGCGCCGCAUUCACGGUGGAACCGAAGCUCGUGGACACGCAGUCGAUGCUCCAGAGCGGGGCCAUCAGCGAGUCCGCCGCGGCCGCCCUCGAGGCCUCCUCCAUUACGAAAAUGACGCCAAAACUCAACACGCAGGAAUCGGUUGUCUUUUUCACCUACGGCUACGGCGCGGACGACCAGGACCGGAAACUCUAUAUGGCGGGCAUCGACGACUGGGUCGCUGCCUCCUACGGAUACGGCCAGAUCUGCCACGCCAUCGACCAGGACGACGUGGACUACGUCUUUUCGAGGAUCCCGUCGGUAUUCUCCGUCCAUCGGUACUCCAGUCACACCUGGUACGCGGGGUUCAACUGCCGGUCGGACGGCACCGGCUUCCAGCCCCGGCUGUUCCUCGACGCGACCUGCAAUACCUUUAGCACCACGAUGAACGAGUACUACCCGUUCGGGAGCGACACCGGCGAGGACCAGGCCAACCAGGACUACACGACCCAGGUCGCAUCCGACCAGACCAAGUACAUGGUCCAGAACAUUCAGGAUACCCUGGAAUACGCCCAGUACUGCGAGGAAUCUGAUUUCUGCGACACCGUCCUCGGGAGUUCCGUAGAGGUCACCACGUGCGGGGGCAACGGCGACGACGACGCAGCCAACGGUCGGAACCUGGCGGAGAGCGGCAAGGCCUACCAGAUCGAGUACGGGGCUUCGUCCAGCAUCCAGAACGCCUGCCCCUCGAUCAAGGCCGCCAUGGGUCUCGGCGAGGGCUACGACUAUACGAGCUACCAGCUCGAGUGGCUGGCAGUCCUGUGGAGCAACACGGAAAACGGGAGGCAGGCGCCGGACCGAAGCCGCUACCCGAGCCGGUGGGUGUACCCGGCGGCCUGCCUGCUCGCCGGUGCGGUUUCCGUCGCGGCGUUGUUUCUCCUGGUCUCGAGAGCGAGGGCGAAGAAGAACUGGAACAAGGCAGGAUGCUCCGGCUCCGAGUCGGACGACAGCAGCGGAAAGAAGGAACCCCUCGUGGGCAACCAUAACCGCCGCCACCACCGCAGCGACAGCUCGGAGGACUCCACGGACCUCAGCGCGAUCGAGUGCAGGUUCUCGGAGCGCAAGCGCAGGACCCGCCGGGACGGCCGGAGAACCUCCCGGAGCCGCUCGGGGAGCCGGCGAAUCCGCUGCCCGCGGGCGGGGACGGAGUUCGGGUCGGACGCACAGCGCAUCGUUUGAGCGGCGAGCAAGACACGGCACAACACAUCAUCAAAUUAUGAAUAGGAUCCUCCUCCAGCCGUCCCUUUGGGCAAACGGCUCGACUCGGUCAAUUGUAAUUACAGUACAGAUACUGUAUUGAAUUCAAGAAUUUAAUAUAAUUCAUAUAUAUAU